AUGACCCCUGUCGUGUCCAUCGUCACUCUCCACCACCCCCAGCAGCACUCAAGGCGCCCUCGCUCGCACACCCUCCCCGUUCUGCCUUUGCCGCAGACUCAAUCCUCGACUCCUACGACAUUGGGUGGGAGUCUGGCAAGGGCCCCAAUCCGAUCGACACCACAAAGCCUCCAAAGUCCAACCAAAAGGGCCAAAGAGGGCAUCCCAUUUGCAACUGGUCCUGAGUACCGCAGAUCGCGACAACUUGGCCGCCUGUAG